GCGGGCCCUGUGAGGGCAGCAGUCCCACGGCGGGCAGGGCGGGAGCCGGCCCUUGCCCCGCCUGGAGAGGGAAGAGAGUUUGGCCAGCUCGCGGGCCAAAGCGUCGUUCCCGGUCCCAAAGGGGAGGGGCGGGAUGGACGGGCUCCUGACUCCCAGGGAGUCCGCAAAAUUCGUUGCGGAAAACAGCCGAGAUGUGUUCAUUGAUGGCGGAGGCGUGCGGAGGGUGGCCGAGCUGCUGCUCGCCAAGGCCUCGGGGCCCGAGCUGCGCGUGGGAGCCUGGAAGGCCCUCCACGAGCUGAACCCCAGGGCGGCCGAUGAGGCCGCGGUCAACUGGGUGUUUGUGAUAGACACGCUCAACUUCUCCUUCUGGUCGGAGCAUGACGAGCACAAAUGUCUGGUGGGUUACAGGGGGAGCACGUACAGUGGGUACUGGUCCCUGUGCGCCGCGGUCAACAGAGCCCUCGACGAAGGGAUACCAAUAACGAGUGCUUCGUACUAUGCCACCGCGACCCUCGAUCAGGUCCGGCAUGUCCUCCGUUCUGACACGGACAUUCCCAUGCCUUUGAUAGAAGAGAGGCAUCGGAUUCUCAACGAAACCGGGAAAAUUCUGCUUGAAAAGUUUGAAGGUUCUUUUCUUAAUUGUGUCCGAAAAAGUGACAAAAGUGCACAGAAGUUACUGAACCUGAUAGUUGAAAGCUUUCCUUCUUACAGAGAUGUGACUCAGUUUGAGGGGAAAAGAAUUUCCUUUUACAAACGGGCCCAAAUCCUUGUAGCAGAUACAUGGAGCGUAUUAGAGGGAAAAGGAGACGGCUGCUUUAAGGACAUCUCCAGUAUUACUAUGUUUGCUGACUAUAGAUUACCUCAGAUUCUUGUUCACCUGGGAGCCCUGAAAUAUUCUGAUGAGCUACUAGAGAAACUUCUCAAAGGAGAAAUGCUCUCAUAUGGGAAUAGGCAAGAAGUGGAGAUCAGAGGUUGUUCACUUUGGUGUGUUGAGCUGGUCCGGGAUUGUCUUCUGGAGCUUAUGAAGAAAAAGGGUGAAAAAACUAGUGGAGAGAUCAAUUCCAUUCUUCUGGAUUAUUACUUAUGGGACUAUGCCCGUGAUCACAGGGAAGAUAUGAAAGGAAUUCCAUUUCAUCGCACACGUUGCAUAUAUUAUUGACUCAAAGCGUAAACUGAUCCAAAGAAAACUCCUUUCAUUUUUAUAUCCCAUAAUCAUUUGUACAAUUUUGCUUUGCUAUUCAAAGAAGGUGGUAGAGGUUACAGCAAUAAGAAAAUUGAAUACCCAAUCUCACUUAAAAAAUUUUCCUAACGUAUCACUCUGUAUACACAACUUUUUCUUUGGUCUGCUUGUUUAAUUUUGCCUAUAUUUUUCUUUUCUGUGGUCACAUGACAGAAAUAGUGAAGGAACUUUAAUGCUUUCUUCAAAUCUCAGAUUCUUAAAAUUAAUCAUGCCUUAUAAUGUGAUUAAUCUUAAGUGGUAAUAUUUCAUCCAUUCAAUUGAUCUCUUUUCUCAAGGUGUAGUAGUUUUCUAUAUAUCUUAAUCAUUUGAUAUGGGGGGGGGUCUUUGCUGUAUGAAUGUUGCUGCUGUUGUAAAAAUGAAUCUUGACAGCUUAUUUUAAACUUUUUAUUGGUAAUGACAGUGGAUUUUUUUACAUAUGAUUUUCAGUUUAGGAUAUCUGUCUAGUAUUUUUUUUCAGAGUAACUAUAUUGGAAUUGAAUAAAGAUUUUUAAAACUUUUCUUAAA